AAAAAAGUGACGUUUGCGAAUAGUAGUAGAAAAAUUUUCCAAUUCACAAAAAUUACGGAAUACAAAACGCAAGAAAAUUUUAAAAUUUACGGGCAAAAUCUUAAGAUUUUAAUAAAAUUUUUUGCAAAAUAUUAUUAAACGCAAGCUAAAGUUCUAAACAAUCUACUAUUUUUGAAAGCAGAGCAGCAAAACGAACAACUUUAACGAAAUAAUAACCAUUAAUAAAUAUCUACAAAUCAGAAAUCUAAAGCAGAAUAAAAAGUAGCUGAAAAACGAAGAGCAGCAGCAGAACGAGAACAACAACAACAACUACAAAAACAUCAUCAACAUCAUCCUCAUCAUCAACAUAAACUACAUAACCAGCACACUCACUGAAACGAAAAGGUGGUGGUGGGAGUUAAGGCAAUAACAACAAUAACCACACGAAAAGCAAACGCAAACGCAAUAGAAAGGAAGAAAAAAUAUAGUACGAGAAUACAACACGAGAAAGAAGUACAGAAAAGAAAGACUUUUUUUUAUACGGGCGCCCAGUAGUACAACAAAAAUAUAAGCAAAACUAAGCAGGAAAAAAAAAUUAAAUUCCAACAAACUAAAAGGCGACAACAAGAAAAACAAUAGAAUCCAAAGAUUCCCGACAAACAGAAAACAACAACCCAUUGGCAAAUAGAAAACACAACAAAAACUGGAGCACUAAAAGCAUAAGUUUCAAUCCCUAUCAUUUAAGGAAUAAAAAAAAACACUUAAAAAAUUUAGAGCUCCUCAUCGGGUUUUGUACUUUCUUUAAUUCAAGACAAAAGCUCCCGAAAUACAAUAAAUACAAUAGAUCCAAGUGUGUCGUCAUAUAUUUUUAUAGUUGUACGUCACUGUUCGUUCGUUCAUCUUCUUCUUCUACUUCUGUACGCAGAGAACUUAAACAAAUUUAAGUGCAUUGGCCUAAUUUCAGAAACUAAAGAAAAAAACUAUAUAAAAGUAUAGACAAGAAAAAAAAAAAAAAAAAAGAAAUACAUAGUUUUCUUCCAUCAACUUGCAUUUGCUGUAACAAACUAACUUACUAAUUCCUUAAACGACUGGUUGCUUAUUUUGUAAAUCAAAAUCGUUGCCACCGCCAGUAGUAUUAGUAAAAAUUCCACAAUGAAUCCAGCUACAGAUCCCUGGGUUAUAACCCAACGUGAAAAAUUGAAAUAUCAAGAACAAUUUAAGGCUUUGCAACCGCAAAAUGGUUUUGUUACCGGUGCCCAAGCCAAAGGUUUCUUUUUACAAUCUCAAUUGCCGCCUUUGAUACUUGGUCAAAUAUGGGCUUUGGCUGAUACGGAUUCUGAUGGCAAAAUGAAUAUUAAUGAGUUUAGUAUUGCAUGUAAACUAAUAAAUUUAAAAUUACGCGGCAUGGAGGUACCUAAAGCUUUGCCUCCCACACUAUUGGUGUCGUUGACAUCGAUGGGUACGACACCAACUCUAACGCCAACUGGCGCCGGCAGUUUAAGUCCUUUAGAUCCUCUUAAGAAUGUAGCUGGUUCAGUGAAGCCGGAAAUACCACCAGCACCAAUGACAAAUGUAGCAAUGGCAGCAGCUGCAGUACCUACAGCUGCUCCCAUUGCACCCAUGGCCGGUGCUGUACCCAUAGUACCUGGCAUGGUACCCGGUACAUUGCCCGGUAUUGUACCACAGGCUAGUAUGGCUCCUACCGCCAUGGCUGGUAUACCACCCAUGCAGCAAGUGGCUGGUGCAGUACCCGUAAUGCCGUCUGCAAUGAUACCGGCAUCAACUGGCGUUCCCGGUGUUGCUGGCGUAGCAGGAAUGCCGGUAGUUACUCAGCCGGGUGCUAUGCCAGUUGUACCACCGGUUCCCAUGAUGCCUGGCAUGGUACCUGGUGUAGUUCCUGGUAUGCCUGGUGUUCCUGGCGUUAUGCCAACAGCCGCAGUACCUGGUAUACCACCGCCAGUUCCUGCAGCUCCAAAGCUGGUAACGCCACCCACGGCUAAUGAACCUAAAGUGACACCACCAACCAGUAAUCCUCCCAGUCGUAGUAUGUCCAUUUCAGAAAGGGCUCCUUCUUUAGAAUCACCACAAGCCGAAUGGGCGGUUAAGGCACCCGCCAAACGUAAAUAUACUCAAGUUUUCAAUGCCACCGAUCGUAAUCGUACUGGCUAUUUGACUGGUGUUCAAGCUCGUGGUAUUUUAGUACAAAGUAAAUUACCUCAAGCUACUUUGGCACAAAUUUGGACUCUGUCCGAUUUGGAUAGUGAUGGUCGUUUAAGUUGUGAUGAAUUCAUUUUGGCCAUGUUUUUGUGUGACAAGGCCAUGACUGGUGAAAAGAUACCACCAACUUUACCGCUGGAUUGGAUACCACCCAGUUUUCGUAAAGCUAAAUCACGUACUAGUUCAGUGUCGGGCGCUAGCUCUAGGCCUGGCUCCCAGCCCACUUCCAGACAUGCUUCGGUAUCUUCACAAGGCGCUGCCGAUGAUCCUUUAGCAGGUUUGCCUCAAACUUCCUUUGAAGAUAAACGCAAAGAAAACUUUGAUAAAGGUCAGGCUGAGCUGGAUAGACGACGUAAGCUGUUACAGGACCAGCAACGCAAAGAGAAAGAAGAACGUGAACGCAAAGAACGAGAAGAAGCGGAAAAACGUGAAAAAGCUCGCUUGGAGGCGGAGCGAAAACAGCAAGAAGAAUUGGAACGGCAGUUGCAAAAGCAACGUGAAUUGGAACUUGAAAGAGAAGAACAACGAAAACGUGAACUAGAAGCCAAAGAAGCAGCCAGAAAGGAACUUGAAAAGCAACGUCUGUUGGAAUGGGAGCAGGCACGCAUUGCUGAAUUGAACUCGCAAAAGCAACGCGAACAGGAGCGUGUUUUAAAACAAAAAGCCCACAAUACACAACUUAAUGUGGAAUUAAGCACUUUAAAUGAAAAGAUCAAAGAUCUUUCGCAAAAAAUUUGCGAGACACGUGCUGGUGUCACAAAUGUUAAGUCCGUCAUUGAUGGCAUGCGUUCACAACGUGAUACCUCAAUGUCUGAUAUGUCCCAGUUAAAGGCUCGUAUUAAAGAACAAAAUGCUAAACUUUUGCAAUUGACUCAAGAGCGUGCUAAGUGGGAUGCUAAAGCUAAGGCUGCUGCCAUUACUGGAGAUGUGGGUCAACAGGAACAGUUGACCGCUGCGUUUGCUAAUAAACAAAUUAUUAUUAAACAACUCAAAGAUAAAGUCGAAAAUAUACGCAAAGAAAUCGAAUCGAAAAAAGAAGAUAUUAACUCUCACGAUAUAACAGUAACCGAAGUCAAAACCGAAUUAUCCGAUCUUAUUACAAAAUGUGAAGAACUCUAUGCGGAUUACGACAAACAACGUACCCAAAUACUCGAAAUGAAAUACAAUAAGAAAAACGAAAAUGUCACAGCAGCCACCUCUGCUUGGGAUACAGGCUCAGCAUGGGGUGCUACUACAACAUCGAGUAUUGAUCAAUAUGCUGGAAUAACAAAUGAUAAUAGUGCUGAUCUAACAGCAGAACCGGUUGCAAAUGCGGUGGACACUAGCGGUCCAGCGCCCGAAGGUUUUGUUAAAUAUCGUGCCGUUUAUGAAUUUUCAGCACGUAAUGCUGAUGAAAUAUCAUUUGUUCCUGGCGAUAUAAUAUUUGUGCCGUUAGAACAAAAUGCUGAGCCGGGUUGGUUGGCUGGUGAAAUAAAUGGUCAUACCGGUUGGUUCCCCGAAACAUAUGUGGAAAAAAUGGACGAAGAGGCGGGUAUAACGGCGACAACACAAGACUUUACAGCACAAGAUUCUUACAAUGAUAAUAGUCAACAGUAUGGAACAACUACCGCAGAUACCACACAAGCUGUGGAGGCUCCUACAGAUACAUAUAAUGGCGAUGUUGAAUAUUAUAUAGCCGCUUAUCCUUAUGAAUCAGCAGAAGCCGGAGACUUAACCUUUAGCGCCGGUGAAAUGGUGAUGGUAAUUAAGAAGGAAGGUGACUGGUGGACGGGUACAAUAGGCAAUCGCACUGGUAUGUUUCCCUCAAAUUAUGUACAAAAAGCGGAUGUAGGCGGUUCAGCAGCCAUCGCCAGUACAGAAACUGAUAUGACAUCAGCCUAUGAUGAUACCUUCAAGGAUAAUACUUAUAAUGGCAAUGCUCAAAAUCAAAUAACCUCUGACAUUGCGGCCAGCCCAGCUUUGCAAGAUCAACAAUUAGACCAGCAAUCGCCAUUAACUAAUGAUAUGCCACCUGCUGCUUCUGCUACAGACAUGUAUGCCGCCGAUACGAAAUCAGCAUCGGCUGCUGCCGCUGCUGCCGAAGAAACACGUACAAAUGAAGAACUGGACACGGAAGUAUCACAAAUAAAUACCCAAUCGAAUAAUAAGACACAAUCAAGUGAACCCGCAGAAUCUUAUAGUCGUCCCAUGUCACGUACUUCUUCCAUGACUCCAGGUAUGCGAGCUAAACGUUCGGAAAUAGCACAAGUUAUUGCUCCCUAUGAGGCUACCAGCAGUGAACAGCUUUCUCUAACCCGCGGUCAAUUGAUAAUGAUACGCAAAAAGACCGAUUCCGGUUGGUGGGAGGGUGAACUACAAGCUAAGGGCCGACGAAGACAAAUUGGUUGGUUCCCUGCCACGUUUGUGAAGGUGUUGCAGGGUGGUCGCAAUAGUGGUCGUAAUACUCCAGUCUCUGGCAGUCGCAUUGAAAUGACUGAAACGAUUUUGGAUAAAGUUAUUGCUCUGUAUCCCUACAAAGCACAAAACGAUGAUGAAUUAUCGUUUGACAAAGAUGAUAUUAUAAGUGUGUUGGGUCGUGAUGAACCCGAAUGGUGGCGCGGUGAAUUGAAUGGUUUAACUGGUCUAUUCCCUAGCAAUUAUGUGGGUCCCUUCGUAACGUCCGGUAAGCAAGUUAAUGGCAAAUAAAAAUGUUCACAGUUUUAUACAAUUUAGUUGUGUUAACUCAACAACAAAUGCCGCCCUCUUGAUAAACUAUCAACCAACCAAUUAAUUAAACUUAUUAUUUAAAUUACUCCUCAAUGUGCUUUAAGUAUUUUAACAAUAAUGCUCUCUCAUUUUUUUUUACAUGCAAAACAUAAUUAUAAAUUAUUGUUAAUUAUAUACUGUUAGUUUUUCUACUA